UCUCGCCCGAGGACCCGUGGCUCCGGCGCCUCCGCUUCGCUGGUGGUCGCCCCGGGUUGCGGAGUUCUUUUUGGUACACUCGACCCUCCAGCCAGCUGUUCCGACCCGCGCCACGGGCUCUCUAGCCGCGGAGUUGCAUGCAUGACCCUUAUCCUGGGGUUUCGUUCACCGGGCGCAGAGGACCCCCCAGCCCUGGGCUCCUUGGGGACGGGAUGUUUGCACCUGAGGGAGCAGCAGUGGCGAUUUGGGGCCCAUUUUCUCCCAGGAGCUUUGUAUAAUGAGGGAAACAGAGGCACAGGGUCUGUGGGCUGUGACUGAGGUGUUGACACAGCCCCAUCUGCCUGUCUACCCCGCGCGCUCUUCAGUGUUCCGGGGGCAAUACCUGUGAUGCUGUUAAAAUAAAAGCAAGAAUGCAAACUAACCCUACGUUCACCCCCACCUCCCAAGUAUUUUGAUUUUCUUUUCUCCUCAUAAGGUCAUAAGUUUGCUCUGCAGCAUAGAAGAUGACCUUUUGAUUUUUAAAAAAGGCAUCCGUCCCAGUUCCCUUACUUAUGUUACCAUGUUUUUCACCUUGUCAUUUUCAAGCUAGAGAACCCAGGAUUCUUUUUUGCACCACUAGUCACUCUGAAGAGUCUGUACUUUUCUCAGAUAGUGGGUAUCAGGCCUUUCCCAUCUGUGGGGAGCACACUGACAGUAAAAGAUGCACCCUGGAUUGCCCAGUAUUGCAUUACUUGUUCGCUUACAGGCAAGUGCCUCCAAAAACUUCACUUAAAUUAGUGGAGAAUGCUUUGAAUGUAACAGCCAUAAAGUGAUUUAAAAACAUGAGAUCUGAUUGAUACUAGUCCGAAAAGUACAUCUUUUAUUAUAAAUGAUAGUAGACAAGGUAGGCUUGGGACCACUUGGAAGAUCCUGGCAGACUAAGUUCUAUUGUUUGAAAUGACUACAUUUCUGCCAAAAGUGAAAAUAAGAUCUUUGCACAGACUCCGAGAUAUUUAUGUAAAUACAGUGACUCUUGAGGAUUGUUGCCCGCUAGGACUUUGUAUACAAUGUCUCUUUUAAUACUCUUAAGUAUUUUCUCCCGGAGCCCAGGUUUUUGUAUUUCUUUACUGCAACAGCUCUGUUGUGUGGACAUUCUGAGGGGGGAGAGAUACAUUUGUUUUAAACUUUGGAAACUUGUAGCCUGUAAUUUGUUUCUGAAUGUACAGAGCAUAAUGGCAGCGUCUGAGGUUGCUGGUGUUGUGGCCAAUGCCCCCAGUCCUCCGGAAUCUUCUAGUUUAUGUGCUUCCAAAUCAGACGAAGGUCUCCCAGAUGGUCUAAGCACCAAAGACUCUGCACAGAAACAGAAGAACUCACCCCUGUUGAGUGUAAGUAGCCAAACGAUAACCAAGGAGAAUAACAGAAAUGUCCAUUUGGAGCACUCAGAGCAGAAUCCUGGUUCAUCAGCAGGUGACACCUCAGCAGCGCACCCGGCGGUUUUAGGAGAAAACUUGAUAGCCACAGCCCUUUGUCUUUCUGGCAGUGGAUCUCAGUCUGAUUUGAAGGACGUGGCCAGCACAGCAGGAGAGGAGGGGGACACAAGCCUCCGGGAGAACCUCCAUCCAGCCACUCGGUCUCUUAAGGCAGGGUGCCAUACAAAGCAGCUUGCCUCCGGGAAUUGCUCUGAAGAGAAAUCCCCACAAGCCUCCAUCCUAAAGGAAGGUAACAGGGACACAGGCUUGGAUUUCCGACCUGUAGUGUCUCCAGCAAAUGGGGUUGAAGGAGUCCGAGUGGAUCAGGAUGAUGAUCAAGAUAGCUCUUCCCUGAAGCUUUCUCAGAACAUUGCUGUACAGACUGACUUUAAGACGGCUGAUUCAGAGGUAAACACAGAUCAAGAUAUUGAAAAGAAUUUGGAUAAAAUGAUGACAGAGAGAACACUGUUGAAGGAGCGUUACCAGGAGGUCCUGGACAAACAGAGGCAAGUGGAGAAUCAGCUCCAAGUGCAAUUAAAGCAGCUUCAGCAAAGGAGAGAAGAAGAAAUGAAGAAUCACCAGGAGAUAUUAAAGGCUAUUCAGGAUGUGACAAUAAAGCGGGAAGAAACAAAGAAGAAGAUAGAGAAAGAAAAGAAGGAGUUUUUGCAGAAGGAGCAGGAUCUGAAAGCUGAAAUUGAGAAGCUUUGUGAGAAGGGCAGAAGAGAGGUGUGGGAAAUGGAACUGGAUAGACUUAAGAAUCAGGAUGGCGAAAUAAAUAGGAACAUUAUGGAAGAGACUGAACGGGCCUGGAAGGCAGAGAUCUUAUCACUAGAGAGCCGGAAAGAGUUACUGGUACUGAAACUAGAAGAAGCAGAAAAGGAGGCAGAAUUGCACCUUACUUACCUCAAGUCAACUCCCCCAACACUGGAGACAGUUCGUUCCAAACAGGAGUGGGAGACAAGACUGAAUGGAGUUCGGAUAAUGAAAAAGAAUGUUCGUGACCAAUUUAAUAGUCAUAUCCAGUUAGUGAGGAAUGGAGCCAAGCUGAGCAGCCUUCCUCAAAUCCCUACUCCCACUUUACCUCCACCUCCAUCAGAGACAGACUUCAUGCUUCAGGUGUUCCAACCCAGUCCCUCUCUGGCUCCUCGGAUGCCCUUCUCCAUUGGGCAGGUCACAAUGCCCAUGGUUAUGCCCAGUGCAGAUCCCCGCUCCUUGUCUUUCCCAAUUCUGAACCCUGCCCUUUCCCAGUCCAACCAGCCUUCCUCAUCCCUUCCUGGCUCCCAUGGCAGAAACAGCCCUGGCUUGGGUUCCCUUGUCAGCCCCCACGGUCCACACAUGCCCCCUGCCGCCUCCAUCCCGCCUCCCCCAGGCUUGGGCGGUGUUAAGGCUUCUACUGAAACUCCCCGGCCCCAACCAGUAGACAAACUGGAGAAGAUCCUGGAGAAGCUGCUGACUCGGUUCCCACAGUGCAAUAAGGCCCAGAUGACCAACAUUCUUCAGCAGAUCAAGACAGCACGUACCACCAUGGCAGGCCUGACCAUGGAGGAACUUAUCCAGUUAGUUGCUGCACGACUGGCAGAGCAUGAGCGGGUGGCAGCAAGUACUCAGCCACUUGGUCGCAUCCGGGCCUUGUUCCCUGCUCCACUGGCUCAAAUCAGUACUCCAAUGUUCUUGCCUUCUGCCCAAGUUUCAUAUCCUGGAAGGUCUUCACAUGCUCCAGCCACCUGUAAGCUAUGUCUAAUGUGCCAGAAACUCGUCCAGCCCAGUGAGCUGCAUCCAAUGGCGUGUACCCAUGUAUUGCACAAGGAGUGUAUAAAAUUCUGGGCCCAGACCAACACAAAUGACACUUGUCCCUUUUGUCCAACUCUUAAAUGACGGACCUGACUGGGGAGGAAGAAGAAGAGAAACUGAUGUGAACAGGAAGCGCGGGUUCAAGAUUUCUAAAACUCUAUAUUUAUACAGUGACAUAUACUCAUGCCAUGUACAUUUUUAUUAUAUAGGUAAUGUGUGUAUAGAAAGUCUGUAUUCCAAUGUUCGUAAAUGAAAGUAUGUAUAUUAUGCAGAAACAGUCUGUUCCCCCUCAUCUUGCAAUUCCUUUGGGGGAUGCAGAUUGUAGGGAAGAUGAUGUUUAGUUUGGCCUUGAAAUUAUGAUAUCCCCGCCCAGGGCUGUUUUCAAAUACAAUAUAAAAACCACCUAGGAACCUGC